AUGGAUUUAUAUGACAAAAAUACUGGAAAAAGAAAAAGAAACUCUAAGCUUAUAAUAUCCUCAGGAAAUGAAGGAGACCACGUAGAUUUGACAGAAAAAAAUAAAAGAAACAAAUUAAUAAUAAGCGAGGUUGAUUCCAAAAAUGUACCAUGUGAACAGAACAACGAACAAGUAAAAAAAGAGUGGGACGCGAAGAAUAGAUCUGCUCUAAAGGGGCAAAGGACCGAUGGGGAAAAUGACCAAGUGAAAGAAAUAAUCACCUUGGAUGGUGAUGAUGGGAAUUAUAAAUUAGAGACGGAAGAAAAGCAACGAAUCGGAAAAAAUGAACAAGUAGCAAAUAUUCCCGUUUCAACCACGGAAAUAAAAUUAGGGGACGCGGAUGAAUUAAUUAAGAAAUAUCACAACCCGUGUAAUAGCAACAACAUGCUAGGAAAAAACAGAAUGAUAAAAUUACAAAGUGGAAAAUUAACCAAAUUGGAAAAUAAGGGUAACCGCGUGAUGAAAAGAAGAAAAAAAAAAAAAAAAAAUUCCGCAAACCAUCAUUCGAACAAUAGGAUUUAUAAAAACAUAGAAGAAAUACCUGUGAUCCACACAACAAUGGAAGAGUUAUCAAAUCCAAUUUUAUUUUUCGAAAAGUAUAAUUCUAUUGGACUAAAGUAUGGGGCAAUGAAAGUUAAACCACCCAAUUUUUUCCAACCUCAAUUUAACUCGUACUACCUAAAUAUGAAAUUUAAUAUACGGAAACAGAAAAUCAACGAACUGAAGAAUGGGAAGGAAUUUGAUCACCCUGAAGAGUACUGGUCCUUCUAUGAGGUGUACAAAUAUAACCAAAUGCUGGAGAAGAUGUACCUACCACAAGAAAAAAUGAGCUUGGAAAAUAUCGAAAAGAUAUAUUGGGAAAUCAUCAAUAAAGGAAAUGAGCAAGUCGUUUCUAUAUAUGGCGCUGAUUUGCCCGUAUCCAGAAAUCAUCCCACGUGCCUAUUUCAUAACAACCUAAAACGGGUUCAGUACUCCGGGAGGAAUGACAAUGGUAGUGAGAUCAGCACUGUGAACAGGAGCAGAUGUAGCAUUGUCAGGGGUACCACCCCUGAAUUAUCGUGCGAGUCCACUAGCGAUCAUCUGAAAAGGGGAGAAGAAAGGGGAAAUGGUUUAUUACGUGCGAGUGUGUGCAAUGAGGAAAUGUGUGAAGACCCUACCAAAACGAAUGUGUCAUCGAGUAUGGAUAAACUGAAUAAUGACCUUACCCGUUCGCAUCCGCUGGGAAAUACUGGUAACAAAGCUAAUAGCGAUUGCUCUAAUGGCCACUGCUUGAAUGGGGAUUGUACCAAUGAUGACUGUACCAUUGACAGGGCAAAUGGCGACUUCCCCAAUAACAGUGCAAACAGUCAGCGCAGCAGUGACAAUGCAAUUCCACAUUGCUGCAAUGACAAUACAAAUAACGAAGGGAUAGUGAGUGAGCACGAACAGGGUAUACAAGAUGUGAUUAACAUUUUUGAUCCUGAAAAUGUCACAAUGGAAGCAAAACGUGUUGAUAAUAGAAGGUAUGCAAUAAACAAGUGCGACGAUGAUACCUAUUUCGGAAGCGAUCGAAAAAAGGAUUACAGUGAUCAUCCAAGGGCUACUAACAAUCCGAUCAACACUGAUAGAAUACCCCCCAGUUGUGCAUGCGAUAUAAAAGAAAUUUCUAGUACUGAACGAGGUGUGUGUCAAAGCGCUAGCGAUAAAAAUGAUAGGAGUAAGGAGACCUCCAUUGGAGAGGUGAAAAUUUGUCAUACAAGCAGUGAAACAGAUGUAGCACACGUAAACCCUGAUAAGAUGUUUAUUAAAAAGAGAGAGGAGUACUAUUCCGAAAUAAAUAAUGUAAUUAAAAACAUAAAUGAAAAUUUGAAUAUAAAAUCACUUCCAUUUAUAAAAGGAUCGAUGCUGCGAAAUGUAGAUAUAUCCAUCGAGGGGGUUAACAUUCCAUGGUUAUAUGUUGGAACGCUCUUUUCCUCCUUCUGCUGGCACACAGAAGAUAAUUAUUUCGCUUCUAUAAAUUAUCAGCAUUGGGGGAAACCAAAAAUAUGGUACGUCAUACCACCUCUAUACAGUGAUAAGGUGGAAGAUGUUAUUUAUGAAUACUUAAAAGAAAGCAGUAAGAAGGAGGAUGUGUUGAUCCAAAGAGCAAAGGGAAAAAUGAAAAGAAAGGAGCCCCGAAAUUUAUUUAAUAAUUCCGAUUUAAAAAAAAAACUCAAAGAGGAGAGCUCUAUUGUGCAAAUUAUCAGAACUGAGCAAAGGCAAAAAAAUUUGCGCAUUUCAAAAAAUAGCCCAAAAUUAACCUCUAGGAAUAGUACUACCACUGGAAGUACGCGCCGCUCCAGUGCUAUAGUGGCUAGCACUAGCCGAACUGCCACUACGAUGCCUAGUACUAGCCACAGAUGGAAUAGAAGCACUAGCUGUAGUACGACCAAGAGUGCUAGCCAUAAUACACUGGAAGGUAAUUCACUCCUUAUAGAUGUGGAUAUAAAUAAUGCACAUUUGAUAUAUAGAAAAUCCUAUUUGAAUUACAAAAUUGUGGAUAGAAAUCAAAUUAAUUUCAAAAAAGAAAAUAAUAAAAAUAAAAUUUACAAAUUAACCAUACAAGUUCCAAUUGAGGUUUUUCUAAAAAAUAAGAUUCCAGUUUAUAAAAAUAUUCAGAGAAAAAAUGAAUUUAUUUUCCUAUGGCCAAAAACAUUUCAUGGAGGUUUUAAUUCAGGUUAUAACUGCAAUGAAGCUUGCAAUAUUGCCCCUACAUUUUGGCUAUUUUACGGCCUUCAGUCAUAUUACAAUUACAAAUAUUUUAGAAACACUUGUAUAUCCAUUCAUUUCAUUUUAUUUUCAAAUUUAUUGCAUUAUCAAGAAUAUACGUUUAGCCAACUCAAGCACAUGAUAUACUGCCUGCAUUAUAUACUAACUGAUGAGUACAAAUUCUUUAGAGAAAGUAAAACGUUAUUUAUAGAAUUCACGCUAAAUCGCGAUGCCCUUCUAAAUAAUAAGCUUAUGAAUUAUUCAGGCCAUUUAUCGUUAGAUCUAAAUAAAAUGUACGCGAAUUUCGAAGGCCAUAGGAAUAAACACUUUUUUUUCCAAAACAUUAAGAGUAAACUCGAAUUUUUUUACAAGGAUUGCGAUGCCUGUAAUUCUCCUACCUUCAACAGUUCAAUUAUAUGUCCACACUCCAAUGACAUUCUAUGUAUUCAUUGUUCCGAAGAACAUGGUUGCAAGUGCAAAUUCAAAGUUGCACUAAAACGAUAUACGCUCCUAGAAAUGAUGAAGAUUUUGACGCUCCUAAUUCAUUAUGCCAAUAAAAUUAAAGCGAAUGAUGAGAAAGAAGUGAAAAUUGAAGACAUACCUGAUUACAAUUCUUUGAAAAUCUUUGAAGACAAGAAUUCAAUUAGAAUAUAUAACUUGAUUCGAGAAACCAAAAGAACAAAUGUGGCAAAGAGAUCCAAAGCGACAAAUUAUAUAGACCUAGAAAAUUACUGCUUAGAAAAAUUAAAGAACGUUGGGAAAGAGAAGAACAAGAGGGAAAAAACAAGAAAUCUAAAGAGAAUUCUGUUGGAAGAUUACUACACAAGUUCAAAUCAUUUUAAAACAAAAUUGACCUUGAAGUACUUUCUUCUAACAUACGAAGAAGAAAUGGAAGAUAAUCCUUUGAAAAUUUUACCAAAACUUAUAAUUUAA